AUAAAAUGUUUUGUAUUCAAUCAAAGAAUAAAUAGUCUUGCAAUAAAUAUAAUUAUUAAAUUAAAAGUGUUUUUGGCAAAAAAAUUGCGCAAUUACAUAAAUAAAAUUAAAAUUUAACAAGCAACAACGUACAAAGCGCACGCAUAAUAUUUCACCUAAUUGUUUUGACCGUAUUCACGGGCAUUCCAAACACCGUGAGGAUGAACCAACUUUAUUCAUCGACACUGUUACCCACCACCAAGAAGUUCCAUGGCAACGGCAAUUAGAAUUGGCUUCUAUUAGAAGACAACGACUUAAAACACAAAAGUCGUCUCUGCACCGCUGGAAGGAGGAAAAUGACAUUAAACAAAUGGACUGGCCGCCACAGUCACCCGAUUGCAAUCCGAUCGAAAAUGUUUGGCCUAUUAUUAAGGCAAGACUUCGUGGUAAAACACACAUUUAACGCCAGUGGAAAAGUUUUCAACGUGAAUAUGCUGAAAAUUUGAGCAAAAGUAUGCCGAAUAGAUGUGCCCGUGUGAUCGAGAAGACAGGAGAAUGGAUUAAAUAUUGAUUGUGUGCGCCGUAGCUUAGAGACCAAAUGAAACAUCAAUAAUUUUUUUUAUCUCAACAUCGUGUGUUUCAUUUAAAUUUUGUUUUUAUGUGAGUUCAAAUUUAAGUAAAACAUAUGUAAUAAAUGCAUGUUGUUGAUCACAGUGCGGAAAAGUUCAUCUUACGGAUGUAAGACAUUUUAUUUUAUGGUAUGAGAGGUUUUUAUAUGUAUUUACGAGAGAAGUGAGGCUGGAUAGAAAAACGUUAUCCUUGAUGACACUUACGAUCUCAAACCGAAUGAAUUCCACUCCGAAACUUUCGUACACAUAAUAUAUAUUAAAUGUAUCAAUUGUUUGCUUUGUUAAUGUAAAAACGCAAUACUGUCAAUGGCUACUGUAGGUCUGAUAUCUGAUUUUAAUAUUUAAUAAAUAACUCUGUUUGCCAGUUUUGGAGCAGUUACCUUUGGCUACCUAAUCAGUUUUUUCUUUGUUCAUUUCAAAGUGAGAGUUUCAUAUAAGCAAAGCAGGUAUUCAAGUUUUUUGGUGUCAAAGAUGAAGAAUUCAAUCGAUUACAGUUCAUGCCAUUUGAGAUAUUUUCCCGGUCGUGUUGCUGCAAAAAGAGCUCUUGAAAGAUAUGAUGUCUUUGUAAAUUUUCCGGAAAGCUCUGAACUUAAUAGUAUUAAAGAAAUAUAUAAAACAGAGAGUUCAAUUCAAAACAGCAGCUCAAAUGAACAUGUCUUUGAUCAAAAUAUGCAACAAGAAAGCAAUGGAAGUUUUGUGACUCAAUUGCCACAUUACUCCGAACAGUCAAAUGGACCAUUUCAUUUAGAAGCUACUGAGAAACCAGAAUCAAAAGAACCGAUAAACCCACAAGAGCAAGCUGAACAUUCACAAAAGUCUAUAGCACCAGACACAAAUUCAGAGAAUUUCAAUGAAUCAACGAUUCUAAUUGAAGCUGUGGUACCAAAGGACUUACCUGAUCCACCACAUUCACAAAUGGAAAUUGCAAUAGUACCUAGUGAUCAGAUUGCAGAGACAGCAUAAGACUAAAAGGAAGAUAUUGUUGAUUUAUUAUUUGAUUUCCUUUGA